UUCUUUUAUCAGUCACUCAAAUACACCAAAUUCCUCUGUAUAAAUGUAGAUUAUUUGAAACGGUACUCACGAGCAAAUUCAUCUUCUUUCCCUCAAAGCAUGAUAUAGCUCAUUCUUUGUCAUUCUCGCAUUAGAAAGUACUCUUAAUUCUUUUUUAUAGCAAUCUCUUGCAUGAAAAGAAAUGGGCAGACUUCAAUUUCUCUCUCUUUUAAUUUUUUCAUUCUUUUUGUUAAAAUGUUCCUCCCAACAAGACUUUCUCCACUGUGUUUCCAAAUACUCUAAAAACAAUAUUACCAAAAACAUUUACACCCCAAACACUCCAACUUAUUCAUCUAUCCUGGAAUACGCUCAAAAGAACCCCAGAUGGUUGAAUACUUCACAUCCCCUCUUUAUUGUCUCCCCUAGGAAAGAAUCAGAAAUCAAGCCUGUUAUCCUUUGUGGUAAAAAACUAGGCUUGCAAAUCAAAAUAAAAAGUGGUGGCCACGACUAUGAAGGCAUAUCUUAUCGUUCUGAAUCCCCAUUUGUUAUGCUUGAUUUAAGCAGUCUUAACAAAAUCAAGAUUAAUCUCAAGGACGAAACAGUUUGGGUUCAAGCUGGGGCGACCCUUGGCCAGCUUUACUAUGCAAUUGCCAAGAAAAGUAAAGUGCAUGGAUUUCCAGGAGGAGUUUGCUUUAGUAUUGGCACUGGUGGAAUCAUCAGUGGUGGUGGCCUCGGCGCUCUGAUGAGAAAGUUUGGCCUAGCAGCUGAUAAUGUUGUAGACGCUCGUGUAAUGGAUGUCCAUGGAAAAAUCCUUGACAGAGAGAAAAUGAAAGAGGAUUUGUUUUGGGCAAUAAGAGGAGGUGGAGGAGCAAGUUUUGGUGUCAUUCUUGCAUGGAAACUCAAACUUGUUCGUGUUCCUGAAAAGGUUACUGUUUUCACAAUUCGUAGGAAGUUAGAGGGUAACAAAAAUCUUCUCCAAAAAUGGCAAAAUAUAUCACAUCAGCUACCUGAAGAUUUGUUCAUUAGAGCUAUUAUUCAAAAUGGUAGAACAGGAAAUAAUGAUGAAAAGUUUUUGGAAUUCUAUUUUCAAGCACUAUAUGUUGGACCAGUUGAUGAGUUAAUUCCAUUACUUAAAGAAAAAUUCCCUGAGUUUGAUUUGGAGAAAAAAGAUUGCUUCCAAGAUCCUGUUAAUGCAGAGAAAGAAUGCUAUGAAGUUCCCUGGAUCGGGUCAGUCCUGUAUUUCUUUUUUAGGAAACCAAAUGAAUCACUUGAAGUUCUGUUAGAUAAGACAAUUCCAACACAGAAGAACUAUAACAAAGGGACAUCUGAUUUUGUGAAGAGUCCAAUUCCUGAAAAUGGUUGGGAAAUAGUAGAAAGACUGUUUUUGGAAGAAGAAAGACCCCAGAUAAUUUUGGAGCCAUUAGGUGGAAAAUUAGAUGAAAUUUCAGAAUCUGAAAUUCCAUUCCCACAUAGAAAGGACAAUUUGUAUAAUAUUCAGUAUUUGGUCAACUGGGGUGAUAAUAGUGAGAGUGUAUCAAGCCAGAAGAUAGCAUGGAUUAGGAAACUUUACAAGGAAAUGGAGCCAUUUGUUGCAAAAUCUCCAAGAACUGCUUAUUUGAAUUACAGGGACCUUGAUUUUGGAACUAAUGAAGAGGACUACAGCUAUUCCAAGGCCAAAAUCUGGGGUGAAAAGUAUUUCAAGGGCAACUUUGAGAGAUUGGCCAAAGUAAAGAGUAAGGUGGAUCCCAGCAAUUUUUUCAAAAAUGAACAAAGUAUUCCACCUUAUCGAACUUAUUAUAGCUGAAGAGGACCAGAGUGCAUACAGGGUUUCAUGUGUAUGUUAAUCAGCUGAAAAAUAAUAAUCUAAGCUGGUUAUUUGAACUUUGAAGUUUUACAAAGACUACUAUUCUAGAAUAAGAAAAUAUUCAUGUGGACAA